UCUCAGGAGCGGCACGCUGUCAGCGGUUACGGCGCAGCGCUGUGCGCGGUGUCCGGAUCACACCGCCGCUGUGAGCCACCCAGACAGACGGAUCUGUUACCAGAGCGCCGAGAGCUGAACGCAUCCAGGAACUGCGACGUUAGGGGGAGCAGCAGCGGCAGCAGCGGCUGCGGCAGGAGGAGGAGGAAGAGGAGGAGGAGGAGGAGAGAGUUUGCUGCCACACCAAAGUGCGUUAUCAGCUGCUAAAGGCUGGACAGACGCGAGGUGUGGGGGACGCUGAUAGAGAGGGGGAGACUCCUUGGAGGGCGCAGAGGUGAGGUAAAGGACGGAAACUCCCUCCUGGUUGUCGGCGGUGACCGUGGCACCGAUGCGCGCGACUUCCCCCAGCCGAGCCGCCGAUCGUUACCCGACAGCGGUGCUCAGAUGCUGCCUCUGAUCCGCUUGACAGUUGGAUAAGUGGCGACCCAGCUCUCGCAGCCGGCACCAUGCUUCACCGUAACCUGCGAACAGGUGGCUAUAACCUGCCGGGGGUGGAGUCAAGCGAGGUGCCUCUCAUUGGCUACCGGCCCUUAUCUCCUGAUGGGGGAACACCAAGCAGCCAGUCAGGGAGGAGCGAAAAUCUGGAAAAUUCACAGGCGGAGUCCUCACCCAUGAAGACUACCUGGUACUGUCCUCUGGAUUUGUCCACAGUGGUGGAGGAGGAGGAGGAAGGGGUCAUCUACACCGUUGUGGUCAAACAGCAGCAUGCUGACCCUAACAGUCCAGUGUCAACCGUUUCCCGUUCCCAGUGCGUGAAAGCUGGAACGGAAGAGAAGCUGGUGCUCCACCUCCUCCACUCUUUCUCACUGGGAGAUUCCUCCUUCAUCUCCAUCUUCCUCUCCACCUAUCGCUCCUUCACCUCCACAGACAGAGUGCUGGACAUCCUCACCGACAGAUUAGAGAAUCCACCUGGGGACAGCGAGAGAAGUCAGACAAGACAAUCCUUCAACAAAGCAGUGUGUACUGUGUUCAGCACGUGGCUUUCGGAGUUUCCUGAAGACUUCAGGAACCUCGGAGAUCCCUCUCGUCUGUUGCGUCUGGCUCCUCUGCUGCCUCAGGACUCCUCGUCUGCUGCUGACCUCCGCGCUCGCCUCCUCCGGACGGCCGAGGAGCUCAGUGAGAGAGCCCUGCUCCCCGACAGACACAGAGAUCAGAGCAGCUCCAGCAUCUCUCCUCCCAAUCCUUCAAAGUUUGAACCCACCAGCGUCCUGGGAUUCCCUGCUGCUGUCAUCGCUGAGCAGCUCACAAAGAUAGAAACUGAGCUUUUUGUCCGUCUGGUGCCGUACCACUGUCUCGGCUCGCUGUGGUCUCAGAGGGACAAGAAGGGCAGGGAAGGCGUUUGUUGGUCUGUCCGGGCCACCAUACGGCAGUUCAACAAGUUGGCCAACGCCGUCUUAGCAUCCUGUCUGUGGCCGACGAACCUGCGCAGCCAGCAGAGAGCACGACUGCUGGAGAAAUGGAUCAGUGUCGCAGAGGAAUGCAGAGCCAGGAAGAACUUCUCCUCUCUGUACGCCGUCGUGUCGGCGCUGCAGAGCAACCCCAUCCACAGGCUCCGGAGGACCUGGCAGGAAACGGACAGAGAGGCCUUGAGGAGAUACGAGGAGCUGGCAGAAAUAUUCUCAGACAAGGACAACUACUCACAGAGCAGAGAACUCCUGAAGGAGGAGGGAACCUCAAAGUUUGCCAACCUUGACAACAGGAUCAACAACAGGCACCACAGCAGCAGGUCCAACGCUCAGGGCACCGUGCCCUACCUGGGAAUCUUCCUCACAGACCUCACCAUGCUGGACACGGCAGUCAAAGACCGGCUGGAUAACGGCUACAUCAACUUUGACAAAAGGAGAAGGGAAUUUGAGGUUUUAGCUCAAAUCCGGCUCCUGCAGUCUUCUUGCAAAAACUGCGUGUUUGACUCUGACGAGGCCUUCCUAGAGUGGUACCACAGCGUGCCCACGCUCACAGAGGAGCAGAGUUACAGACUGUCCAACGAGAUUGAAGCGCCCAGUGAGCCGAGUCCUCGAUCUUUGAUGCCAACAGUCAUCAUCACCCAGUGCUCAGACCUGAGCAGAUCCCAGACCAGCCUGGCUGGUGACGGCGACAGCCUCUUCGACUUUCACUCUCCAGUCAAUAACUUUCUCUCCAAACUCACAAAGCACAUGAGAUCGCCGUCGGUUUCCUGCCUGGACGUCGACACAUCCCCUCCAACCAACGAGUCCACCCCCGUCACGCUGACCCCAACCACGCCCACAAAAACGCACCGCAGAUCUGCCUCCUGCGGCAACAACCUCCCCAGUAACGUUCCGGGGUCGGGGCCCGACAUGCGGAUCAUCAGGAUACGGAUGGACCUGCAGGAUGGGAACCUGUACAGAAGCAUACUGGUUACAAGCAAUGAUAAGACCCCCACUGUGAUCAGCUCUGCCUUAGAGAAACACAAUCAGGACCCCACACAGGCGUCCAGAUACGAGCUGAUACAACUUCUGCCUGAAGGAAAAGAACUGGUCAUCCCGGCAACAGGAAACGUCUUCUAUGCCAUGACAUCAUCCAGCGUCGACUUCCUGUUGAGAAGGAAAGGCGGAAACACCCCGGUUGGCUCGCCGAUCACUACGGAGACGAGCGCCACUUUUCCUCGCAUCAAGGCCAAGGGGAGGAGUUUGGUCCGGACUUUGUUUUGACACAAGCUCUGCUGCAGUUUUUUUUUCUCUAUAAAUGUGCAAAAAAGACAAAUCUACACAUGCCUUCCUUCGUUGUCCUGACCAAGUCUGUUCUGCAAAAAACACAGAGGACAAGUUGACUCUGCAGCUGAGGAACCGGGCCAGUUCUCCCAAUUGCUAACCGUUAUGCAUUACUAAAUUAAACUGGGAGGGAAGGGCAGCUGGAGGCCUUUAACUGAGAGAAUCAGGUGCUUCGGCCUUUCAUCUAGCAUUUAUUGCUUGUUUUUCAUUCCAACUCAGCAGGAUUUGUAAGCAUAGAUGUGUAGCUAAACACUGAAGUAUGUCCCUGAGACAUAUAAACAUGUUUUGUAUAUAUUUAUAUACCGUGUAUGUCUGUAUCAUGACAGAAGCUCCUAAUUCAUCUGAGAAAUCCUGUUCAUGCAUCCCUGUUAGACUCUAGAGAGCUCAGACAAAACACAAACAAAAAGCUGCAACAAUCAGACAUUUAUUCUACAGAGGGAAUUUUACCAACUGCAACUCAAAUGAACGUUCUGGGCUCUGUGGGAACAUAGAGUUAGAAAAACUGUUUCUUCUCUGACUGGCUUUCUGCACGCUCAUCCAGCAACAUCUAGACAGUUCAUCUGCAGCUCGUCCAUUACCCAGAGAGCCAGACGUUCCUCCAGCAGAAGCUGCUGUUGACCAAAGUAAAUAAUUAUUUACAAAAGGGAGAAAAGAUUUGUUCUGCUGAUGUCUAAAAGCAAGGAGCGACCAAUCAUUUCUUCGUGUUUUCCUUCUCAGACGUUCUGACUUUCUGGUGAUCUUUUGUAGUUGCAUUAAUAAUUCUCAAGAUUUUCUGAAGAUCUUUCUUUUGGAUUUUUACUUUUUACAUUUUUUCACUUGUCCUCAGUCCUGCAUUUGACCAUUUCAGAUGUUUUUGUUUCAGACAUUUAAUCAUUCAGCCAUAAAGAAGGCUAAUUUAAAACCGAAGUUUCCUCUAAAUUCUAGUGGACAAAAACAAUUCCUGCAGCUUUAAAUGAACUUCAAGCACUUUACAAAAAAACAUGUUGCUUUGCUAAAUCAGCAUAAAACUUCAAACAGGAAGAAAGUCGUUCUAGAACCAAACAGCUGAUAUGUUCGGGUCUAACGGGUUGCCAGGUUGGUUCCCCUCCAAGCUUUCUUUCUUUUAUCCUGAAUGUUCAGCAUCUUGAGUUUAAUCUGAACCAGUCCUGUGACCUCUGGUCUCUACGCAUCAUUCCCAUUGCUGAUGAGACCUUCUGAUUGGUCGAGGCCGGGGAGGAGCCGUGGGGAUCCAGAGAGAGGAUUCUGGGUAAUACUACGUGACAUGUGCAGGUGUGAAGCUGUUGCUAAAGACUGUUUUAGUGCCUUUUUCUGCUCGGUGCUCACCUUUCUCAUUAGAAUGUAUUCAGAACACACAGGUGGAGGAAACACAGCCUCCUCCAGCGCUGAUCCGUUUCACAUCAAACUUAUUUAUGCACUACAUGUCAGAUGUCUUAUUUUGUGGUAAUAAACUUACUUUUAUAUGUA